AUGUCUUCCAUGCGCAACGCCGUCCAGCGGCGCAACCACCGCGAGCGUGGACAACUCGAAGGACGCGAGAAAUGGGGUAUUCUUGAGAAGCACAAGGACUACUCGCUUCGCGCAAAAGACUAUAAUGCCAAGAAGGCAAAGCUGAAGCGCCUCGAAGAGAAGGCUCGCGACCGCAACCCCGAUGAAUUCCACUUUGGUAUGAUGGGAGACAAGAACCGGACACAGGGACGGCAUGGACGAGGCGCCAUUGGGCGAGACUCGGCCGCGGCUCGCGGGUUGAGCCACGACGCCAUUAAGCUUCUCAAGACACAAGACAAAGGCUACCUGCGGACAUCCGGCGAGCGGAUACGCCGGGAGAUUGAACGUCUGGAGCGCGAGGUGGAAUUGCAGAAGGGCAUGAACGAGUCCCUGGGCGUGAAGACUCAGCAAAACGAGGAGGAAGAUGACGAUGAAUUUGAUGGCUUCGACUCCGACCUGGACGUUCCUGAUUUCAGCGCUCCGCCAAAGCCUAAGUCGCGCAAGGUGGUGUUCGCUCAUGAUCGGGGUCAACAACAAACACUGAAGAAGAAGCGUGUUCAGGAUGACGACUCUAUGGAUGAGGAUGAAGACGAAGACAAAGAGCCCAGCACCGAGACUCGAAAGACCCCCAAGCAGCUCGCAGCAGAGCGCCAAAAACUCGUGGAGGUUCGACGGGCUCGCAAGCUCCGAAAACGGGCCGCUGAGGCCCGAGAGAACAAGCUGGUGGCGCUACGCAAGCAGUUCGCCGAGAUUCAAGCGGCCGAGCGGGAGGUUGAUUGGCAGCGGUCUAAGAUGGACAACUCCGUGGGCGGCACCAACAAGAACGGUAUCAAGUGGAAGAUCCGUGAGCGCAAGCGCUGA